AUGAAGGUCAGAAAGAGUAUAUCGGUGGAUCGAGACCUUAAUGAUGAUUUUGAGGGUGAUUUACAAGUAUGCGAGAACUAUAGAGGGAUCAAACUUCUAAGCCAUGCUAUGAAACUGUGGGAAAGAGUGAUCGAGAAAAGAAUUAGACGAGAGACGGUAAUUAGAGAGAUGAUAGGUGCAAAUUCUAAUAACCGCAAGCGCACGGGGCGACGAGUAGUCGCUUUGCUACUGCCUGGGGAAUGUGACUUCAGUGAGUUGGUGACGAAUCGUCGCUCAGCCUCUGGAAUGCAAUGCUCAGGUCAAAAAGUAAGCGACGAGUCGUGGCAUAUGUGGGACGAUUCGUUGCUUUGGCUCUGGACUAUUAUGUUGAGAUCAGUAGAUGUGCGACGAGUCAUGGCAUUUUGUGGGACGACUCGUCGCUUUUUUUCUAGACUAGUGGCGACUUACAUACAUACAUCGAUGGGCAUGACAGAGUCUUUUCUAAUUAAAGUGGGACUACAUGAGGGAUCGGCACUAAGUCCUUUCAUUUUCACGGUCAUUAUGGAGGAAAUCUCUAAUUCCAUCCUGGAAACCAUACCAUGGUGCAUGCUUUUUAACGACAAUAUAGUUUUGGUCGCAGAAACCAAGGAGGAGGCUAAUAGUAAAUUGGAAGAGUGGAGGGGACGCUUUGGAGGUGGGACGGAAUCGAUAGAGAAGCUAGAGGUAACCAUAGGAGGAGAAGUUGUUGCAUGUACGUUCAAGUUCAAAUAUUUGGGAUCGAUGAUUCAGAGCAAUGGGGAGAUUGAUGGAGACGUUACUAAUCGUAUACAAGCGGGUUGA